CACAGUAUACCACCACUCCUAUGGCCGCUUCGUCCAGAUCCAGGCCGCACCCCAAGAAGCCCUCCCACCUCCUUCCCCACGACCACGACGAACUCUCCUCCUGGUCCUGCGCCGCCCCCUCCAACUCCCACUUCCACUCCGCCUCCGCCGCUGCCCGCGGCGCCGACACCAUGGAUCCCCCGCCGCAGCCGCCCGCCCCCUCCUACGCCAGCCCCAACCCGCCCACCUCCUCCUCCUCCUACACGCAGUCCUACCCCUCCAGCUACACCAAGUUCAACACCGCGCUCAACGCCGGCCUCCUCAACCCCAUGUCCCCGCCGCCACUCCCCCUCGACAAGACGCGCUCCAGCCCCACCCUCUUCGACAUGAUGGCCAACGAGCAGGACUACCAGCCCCGCGCCGCCGCCGCCGCCCCCGUCCCGCCGCACCCGCAACCGCACCACCCGCUCGCCCCCGCGCGCUCCGUGGACCGGCAGGCCAUGCUGCAGGACCGCGUCGCCGAGCUCAUCGGCAGCUGCAGCCCCGGGAGCCAGUUCAACGACGCCGCCUCCUCCGACGUGCGCCUCACCCUCACCUCCAGGGACGGCCUCUCCCUCGCGCUCUGCGUCCACCGCCACAUCCUCGUCGCCCACAGCAGGUUCUUCGCCGCAAAGCUCUCCGACCGAUGGUCCAAGCAGCAGCGCUCGCUGCCGCACAUCGUCGAGAUCUCCGACUGCGACGACGUCGAGGUCUACGUCGAGACGCUGCGCCUCAUGUACUGCAAGGAUCUACGCAGGAGGCUCAUGAGGGAGGAUGUCGCCAAGGUCCUUGGCAUUCUAAAGGUGUCCGCGGCCAUUGUGUUCGAUGCUGGAGUGCUGUCCUGCUUGGAGUAUCUCGAGGCCGCUCCAUGGGCAGAGGAUGACGAUGAGAAAGUGGCGGCAUUGCUGACGCAGCUACACCUUGAGAACUCAGGCGCCGGAGAGGUGCUCAAGAGGGUCUCGCUGGAGCUGACACCUGCUGUAGUGACCGAGGAGGUGGAAACGGGACCAAAUUGCAACGCCGCCAGUAAUGCGGGAGGUGGCGAGGAGGUGCUAGUGAGGCUCCUGCAGGUCGUCCUGGAGGGGAAGGACGAGAAGGCGAGGAGGGAGAUGAAGGGGCUGGUGUCCAAGAUGCUCCGGGAGAACAGCGCGUCGCGCGGCGGAGCCAUCGGUGGCGACCUCCGCAAGGAGUCGCUCUAUUCGGCGUGCAAUGGCUGCUUGGGCCUGCUGCACGAGCAGUUUGUGAGGGCCGCGGGAGGUGACCAGUCAGAGGUGGCGCAGAUUGCUAGGCAGGCUGACAACCUGUACUGGAUGCUCGACAUCCUCGUUGAGCGCCAGAUCGCUGAGGACUUCUUGAGGACAUGGGCGAUGCAGAGUGAGUUGGCAGAGAUCCACGGCAAAGUCCCGGCAAUACAUCGCUAUGAAGUGAGCCGGGUGACGGCAAGGCUGUUCGUCGGGGUUGGCAAAGGGCAGAUCCUUGUGUCCAAGGAGGCCCGCUCCCAGCUCCUGAGCACCUGGCUUGAGCCCUUCUACGAGGACUUUGGGUGGAUGCGGCGGGCAUGCAAGGGGCUUGACCGGCAUUUGAUUGAGGAUGGGCUCUCAAACACGAUACUGACGCUGCCGCUUGCAACUCAGCAGGAGAUCUUGCUUGCAUGGUUUAAUCGAUUCCUCAACUCUGGGGAGGACUGCCCAAACAUUCAGAGAGGGUUCGAGGUAUGGUGGCGGCGCGCAUUCUGGAAAAGGACUGCUGAACCGGAGCAACCACCCCGUUUGAGAAUCACAGCAAUCUGCGAGAAUUCUUGAUGAGCUUCACACAAUUCGGAUAUGGCAGGUGACAGGCAUUUGGAUGUAGAGGUUAUAUUUUGUGUGAUCUGUAGUUGUGUUUUGACUAUCUUGGUGACUUCUCUGCUACACCUGUUUGGUUCUAGGCAAUUAAUUAUACGUGAGUAUGUUCAUCUUGUUCAAUGUAUGCCAGGUUGAAUGUACUGCCAUGUUUCACCCAUUUUGAACUGCAAAUUAAGUAGAUUGAUUGUUUGUUA